GCACCGAGAAAUUAAUAUUAUUCAAACAAAUGGAAAAUACCAGUAAUUGUAAUCAAGUCAAGCGUGAAAAUUAAACUGGUAUUAUCCAAUAAAAAACAUGAAAAAAAUGUUUGUAGUCAGAUACACCUGCACUGUUUAUAUCACUGAUAUUUUUAUAGGGAAGCUUUGAUUUUUCUUUUUCCUUGAUGAAUUAUUCUCUCUUCAUUCUCAGCUUCAAUCAGCAUUCUUGAAGUUCAUAUUUGGAAAUUUUUAAAUGGGAGCUAUUUUGAGUUUGGCUAGCACCAAGUAUAGGACAAACCAAUUUGAUGAGGUCUCUUGUGAUGCCAGUUGCAAGAGGCAAAAGAGAUCCUUGAGCUUUUGUGAGGAGAGCCCAAGAUUGAUUCCAAGUCUUCCUGAUGAGUUGACAAUCCAGAUUCUUGCUAGAAUUCCCAGAAUUUACUACUUAAAUCUGAGGUUGGUGUCGCAGAAGUGGAAUGAAACUAUUAUGAGUCACGAGCUGUUUAGAUUGAGAAAGGAACUUGGGUUGACUGAAGAAUGGCUAUAUGUGUUGACUAAAGUUGAAGAGGAACUUUCGUGGCAUGCUUUGGAUCCUUUGUCGAGAAAAUGGCAGAGGUUGCCUCCCAUGCCUAAUGUUUAUACAGAAGAAUCUCGGAGCAGUUCUUCUGGGCUUUGGUUGUGGAACAUGGUUGGACCACGUAAUAAAAUUGCUGAAAUUAUAAGGAGUUGGAUUGGCCAAAAGCACACGUUGGAUCACAUGCCAUUUUGUGGUUGUGCCAUUGGUGCUGUUGAUGGAUGCCUUUAUGUGCUUGGUGGACUUUUUAGAGCUUCAACAAUGAGUUGUGUCUGGCGAUAUGAUCCAUUCCAAAAUAGGUGGAGUGAAAUGUCGCCCAUGUCUACAGGGAGGGCUUAUUGCAAGACUAGUAUUUUGAAUAACAAGCUAUAUGUUGUCGGAGGGGUUAGUCAGUUUCGAGGAUCGCUGAUUCCUCUUCAGUCUGCUGAAGUUUUUGACCCUUGCACUGAUACAUGGUCCGAAGUUCCAAGCAUGCCAUUCUCAAAAUCUCAACAGUUCCCCACUGCCUUUUGGGCAGACAUGCUAAAGCCUAUUGCUACUGGGAUGACUUCAUACAUGGGAAGAUUAUGUGUCCCUCAAAGUUUAUACUCGUGGCCAUUCUUUGUUGAUGCUGGGGGAGAAAUUUAUGAUCCAGAAACCAAUUCAUGGGCUGAAAUGCCCACAGGCAUGGGAGAAGGUUGGCCUGCACGUCAGGCAGGUACAAAGUUGAGUGUUGUAGUAGAUGGUGAAUUAUAUUCAUUUGAUCCCUCUAGUUCUCGAGAUAGUGGUAAGAUCAAGGUUUAUGAUCAAAAAGAAGAUGCUUGGAAAGUCAUUAUAGGAAAAGUUCCUAUUUAUGAUUCUUCAGAUUCUGAUACUCCGCAUUUGCUUGCUGGUUUUCAUGGAAAAAUUCAUGUCAUCACAAAAGAUGCCAAUCAUAAAAUUGUAGUCAUGCAGGCUGGUCUGCGUGAUCAUUUUGGUUCUUCAAAUUCUCAUUUUAUUGGAUCCUCGCAAGAGGAGCAUUUUGCCCCGUCGACUGAAUCAGAAACAGUAGUGUGGAAAGUUGUUACUAGUAGAGAUGUGGGAUCUGCUGAACUUAUAAGCUGUCAAGUUCUUGAUAUUUAGCAGUAUAUUAACUGCUGUGCUUUAGUGUUUAGUUAAGAUAUUGAUGUUGUAUAACCUCUAGAAAUGGCUGCUACUGAAAGACUUUCUGUUCUGAGAACCUAAUGAGGCAGCUGUGUGGAUUUGGUUAACUUAGGUACAAGAUCAAGAAUAUCAUCUGCAAGCCUGUUCGGUAUCCUGUACUCUGUGUGGCCUUCGUAUCAUCUUUGGAUGCUCUUAUUUCUGACAAAAAUUGUGCAUGCGGGUGAUAUUCAAAUCUGGUGAGUUGGAAUGGGUGCAGUUUAGGUGUGAACGAAGUGAGCAUUAUAUUAUCCUAAUUAGGACAGAGUAUUAUGUUGGUUCUGUAAUUAGAAAUUUAUUUUACCAUUCAUGUAGUUCUAUGUGAAGGUUUUCUGUAUAACAAAUAUUUAUAUGAUAGCUUCUAUCAGUUCGAAAUAUUAUACAAGGAAGACAAUAAUCUGUAUCAGAUUCAGAAGUCAAAAUUCUCUAAUUUAUAUAUCAAAUACUAGAUGUUUUGUCACGUGCA